AUGUCUCGAAUCAAGAAAUUGGAGGAUUUAUCCAGCAAGGAUAAAGUUAUGCAGUAUUUGCAAAGCUCUAAACUUUGUCCGACGCUUAGUUCUUCGGACGUGCCCGCGGAAUCCAAACACACUCAGGCCUUUUCCUUUCAACAUCGUCUUCGAUCGUGCUCCGAAAAUGAUUCGAUAUCAACGUCAUCUCUGUCAUCGAUUGUGGACGACCUAUCUCAAUCAAAUUCUAGCACACAAUCAAGUCUCUCUGAUCCAAUUGCACAUUGCUGCAUGAUCGGUUCAAAUCCGUCGUCCGAUGAAGACAUUGAUUUCAAUGUAGGUUUCGAUCAAAUCAGUAAUGACUGUACAGAUGACGACGAUGAUGAUUAUCCAUACAAUUCAAAUAGAAACAAUGCUGAUGCAAUUACAUUACAAGGUGAAAAUGUUAUCGAUACGCAACUGAGUGAAUUCGAUGAAUUGUAUCGUCAAUCAUCAGAUUCAACGAUUGGCAAAGAAAGUUUGGAUUCGAAUCAAGACGAUGACAUUGUACAAAAACACGCGACUAUUCUACAUGAUUCAACUCAUACAUUAUGCUUAGAGGAAUAUUUUGCGCCAUACGCAGAAGAAGAUAACAAUGAAGAUGCAACCACUGGAACUUGCAUGCGAUCAAAUUCAUUUAGUGUGCUCAAUCGCAGUGCAAAACCGACUCUACUAGCAACAGCACCAAAGAAAAUGGUUCGAUUUGCUGAUGUAUUGGGUCUCGACCUUGAAUCUAUUCGCUACAUGAGUCCACCAGAUCAAACAGUGUCGACCAUCACACAGGAGUGUGUCCGUCUACAAUUCGGGCAAAUUCGUCAUGGAAACUAUCUUCUCGAGCUUCCGAGCAUCGCUCGACGCACACAUUCGUCCUCCUCAGUAUCGUCUUCCGUGAAACAAUAUAACCUUGUUUCGAGAAAUUUCACUUCUCGAACAACGAUCAGUCCGAUGAUCUACGAUAAACAAGUGAUAUUAGAAUGUCUCUACACCAAAGAUUCGACUGCGUAUGGUACUAUUCGUGUUCAUAAUUGUGAUUAUCACAAACGUGUUUUCAUUCGUCUAACUGACGAUGAAUGGAACAGCUGGACUGACAUCGAAUGUCGACAUUCGAUGAACUAUUCGCACGAUAAUACCGACACGUUUGCAUUUGAAAUCAAACUUCCCAAAUUCAAUACCGAUUCGUUCAAAAUCAAACGCAUACUUUUCGCUGUUUGUUUUCAAUCGUCACAACAAGAGUUUUGGGAUAAUAACGACAGAUGGAAUUACGUUUUAGAUGUUUUGGAAAAACGAUGA